ACACACCAGAGGGUGUUGCAAAUGGCGACAGGAUCUAACGGCCAAUAAAGAAGACAGUGACCUUCCAAGAAAGCUUCGUGUACGGCCAUGGAUGGAGUCUAUGGCUUGUAAAUAGUAUCGUUGUGUUCAGUAAUGACUACGCUAUCUAUUUAUGUACCUUGAAGAGUGUAUAUUGCCUAGCAAAGGCUAUUCCAAGGGGGUUUUUGGUGUUGUGUUAGUCUCUGUCGGUCCCACCUCUUCGCGAUGAGCAAGCUAUCUUUUCGAGCGAGGGCCCUGGAUGCUACCAAGCCUCUACCUAUCUACCAUGCCGAUGAUCUACCGGAUUUAUCAGACUUCAGCACCAUCAACCGGACGGUGCCUCAGAUGCCCACCGGGAUGGAGAAAGAAGAAGAGUCGGAGCGCCACUUGCAGGAUGUGAUACAGGCUAAGCAAACUAACAGUGUGAAAAAGAAGCAUGUAUACAUUCCCAUCCCUGAGGCGACCAUCCCUGUGAAGCACUAUGAUACGAUCAACCAACAAAUCAACAGGGCGCAUCAGUAUGUCAGAGUGCCAGGGCUCGGACUGGAGGAGGUCCCGGACUAUGACCUUGACUCAGAGGAUGAGGAGUGGCUCAACGCUCAGAGCAACGAGAGACCUCUCUCUCCCACCCACUUUGAGCGUAUGAUGGACCGUCUGGAGAAGGGCAGUGGGAACACGGUCCUCUCAGAGAGGGAGGCCCAGGGUCUGCUCAGGGACGAUGAGAACCUCGUGUUAGCCGUGUAUGACUACUGGCUAGCCAAGAGACUCAGACUGGGUCGUUCCCUGAUGCCAGUGGUGAAGCAGGAGGGUCGUGAUGGAGGGUCAGGCUCCAACCCAUACCUCGCUUUCAGGAAGAGAACAGAGAAGAUGCAGACCAGGAAGAAUCGUAAGAAUGAUGAGACAGCCUACAUGCAGAUGUUGAAAUUGAAGAGAGAUCUUGAAAAGGCUGUGUCACUGUUUGAGUGGGUGAGAGACAGGGAACAGAAGAAACAAGAGCUCGCCAAAAUGCAAAUGAACGCCUUCAAAAAAAGGUAUCAGCUUCAAGAUUGGAGUGGUAACAUCCUCUCAUCAUUGCAAGCCUCCACCAAGUCCGGUCUGGGUCGACGUAACUCUGACUGGGACAACAGAGCAAGGCUCAAGUUGGAGGCUAGUGGGGACUAUGAAGUCCAUCACAUGGGAGCUGGCAGGAAAAGGAAGAAGAGAAGAAGCAACUACUUUUAUACUGAGGUCCACUCAGAGGCACCCCUCACACCCUCCACUCCAGACAAGGUCCACCGAGACUCCACCCAUGAUCUCUCGUCAGACAGACUUGAAGACGAGGAGUACGAGGGACUGUUCUCGUUCAAGAGGAAACCGCACGUCAGAUAUCAUUCAUCUCGCGAUCCCCUCAGUGUAUGGCCAUGGACAAACGAGGAUGCCCCUGACCAUCCCUCCAGUAACGAGCCUGAUGACAGCGACCUCAUGAUAAUGGACUAUGCCCCUUACGCCAUGUCCCACGCCGCCAGCAGGGAGAGAGCCAGGGGGGCAACUGGGCCUAGGAGAAGGUAUCGAUUCAGCAGAGCCAGUCUGAGCAGUGGAGGGGUUGGGCUGACUAGGCGGAGGCUGGGACGAGGAGGGCGUGUACUAUGGGAUCGUCUCACACGGACUGAGCUCCUCCCCUCUGCCACACCCCCUGCCACACCCACCAAGGGAGAAGCCUCUGAGAGUAUGGACACAAGUGCCCACUUCUACCCUCAGACACCCUCCCCUUCCUCAACCUUUGAGUUCACCCAUCUCCCGCUGAUCGAACUGCCUGGAACAACCGACAACACCUCCACUAAACCACCCUCUCUUACUCCUUUCUCUGGGAUCAGUCUGGCCUACAGGGGGAUUCCCCUAACCACAGAGUUCCGAGAAGAUGCCAAAACGUUUUCUUCUCUUCCGACUUCUCAGUUUUUUCUAAAGUCACUCACCCCUCAUGUUGAUGUCGACUAUCAAGGCUCAUUGUUGGCCUCUGAUUCGCCCUGGGGCCUGGUCAAAGGUCAACCAACCGACCCUAGACACAGAACUACUAGUGAACACAGUUCCAAUUCUCCCCUUCAUUCCCCCUCUGCCCCUGGUAAUUACGCUAACGGGACGUCGGCAAAUGACACUGGAAACGAUCGAACUCGACAGCUAUCGACUGAAAACGAACAAACGAAAGAACUGAGUAGAUCUUCGUUGUCUGUGGCCGACAGUAAAACUAUAGUGCUCUCAAAUGUCCCUCUACCUCGGCCCAAACACCAGUUGGAAAAAUCUCAGAGAUUGUCCUCUUCUAGUGAAAACGUGCCAAAGGAUGCUUCAAAAACUGCUAUUACAAAACCAGAAGGAGCACCUUCCUCUAAGGAUGGUAAUGCAUCUACUAAUUCGACUGCAGAACCAUCGCAAAGCAAGCCUGAAGUUGCUAAAGAGGCCAACAAAGUUGUGGAAAUUAUGAAAAAAACGGAUGAGAAAGUUUCCGAUAAGUCUGAAAGCAAACCUUCCCCGCCCACCACUACCCCUCCACAAACAGACUCUAAACAACAAGACACUACUACGGCUCCUGUUAAGACACACAAGAAAACACAGGCUGCUGGCAACAUUAGCAAACCCGCUGAUUAUGUUAAAAACUUUGAUGUAGCUGUUAAGAAACCUCGAUUGAAAGGAGGCCUUAGGAAAAAACCGAGAACUUUAGUAGCCUCACUUAGUACUGCGACUCUCAUUACAACACAGCUUGGUUUGUUCCAGCCUUCUACCACCAAGAAGAAAGAGCCUGUCAUUGUACCACAGAAUGUCGUUAGUGCUGCAACUGAACUGAUAGCCUCGAGUAGUAACACUAGUGUUGCAAAUGUUGUGAAUGCGGCAAAAUUAGCUGAGCUUCAAUCAUCCCUAAUCAGCAAGACUCCAGCGUCUAGUACUGGACUGAGUGACAGAAGAGCCUCUACUAGCAAUUCUUCGGUUUCAUUAGCUACAAGUUUGGCAGUUACAGCUAACAAACACGUGGGGCAAGCUCUCUCCUCCGUUGGGUCAGCAGUAGCACGGCGAGGCUCUACUCCUGGGACAAAUGGUACCAACUAUCAGGAGAUAUUUCACACGGCCACGAGGAGGAUCUCUGAGAGUGCUGAGAGGGGACUCAAGCAGGCACUGGCAGGGAUGAACCACAACAGCCUGAUAGAAACUGCCAACUCUUUAGUGCAACUCAGUAACUCUUCAGAAGUGACUUAACCACUAAACAAUUUUAGUCACUAUUCUAUCGAUUCUCUGAAUUUUCAUACUUUACCUCCUCACUCUAUUAAUUCAUGGUGGUUUGUCUAUUAUUUCACAUAGCAUCUCUAUAUACACAGUGUGUGUGUGUGUGCCCGUAUUUGUGUGUGUUUGUGUUCUUUCUGGCGUGUGUCGUUUGAUUGCUAUAUUCUUUGUAAUUUUCAAUACAUGUG